AAAGCAGUCCUUGCUUGUAUAUCAAUACGAAUAAAAAUCAAAAUUUUAGUUAUUUCAACGCUUCAACAGUCAGAACAAAAUUUACUAGGCAAGCAAAACGAGAUACACGGAAAUUGCGCCAUUUACUGGCCAAGUGCAAUAUCCAAAUUGACUAAUUCUCAAUCCAUAUCAAAAUUAUAUUUGAGCUCUUAGACGACCACUUUAUAACACACACGCACAUUCAAUCAAACAAAUAUGGCUAAGAAGAAGAAGGGAAAGAAGGGCAAGAAAGGCAAGAAGGAUCCAUGUGCCAUCAAUAUCACAGAUCAAAUGUUAAAGCCCAUGAUGCCAACAAUGGACGAAUGCGACGAGUGUUGUCAGUGCCAAUGCGAAUGCGAUUGCAGUCCAGAGAUCCAGCCAUGUUUCAUUCAGCCAACACGUCCCGAUCCGGGUCCAGAAGCCUACGAUGAGUUCGAGGCCUGCCUCAAUGGCAGCGGUCUGACCAUACGAGUCUUGAAGAACACCCACAAGGUGGAGAGCGUCAACGAUGGUUCACAGAAUCCAAACUUGGGCCCCGACGAUGAUCCCGUCUACAAGAACAGCAUCGAUGAUUGUCCCUCCCAGAAUUGCCUCAACGAUCUGCUGCAGCGCAGCGACUUUGCCCGCAAACACAUCCAGCGACGCACCUGCGGCAGCAUUGUGAAUCAUCCCAAGAUACCCAAGAUUCGUGCCAAUAUCAAGUAUUCGGGCAACGAUGCCUGCGAUGCGGAUGAUUACUAUGUGCCCUUCUCCAAGAUAAAAGAGGCAUGCGAUAAUGCCGAUGCCAAGGUCGAUUGCUAUCGAUCGCAGGUCUGUGAUCGCAACGAAGCCAAAGUCGAUUGCUAUCGUCGGCGUCUAUGCGGUGGCGGUGCUCCGGUGAUUCCGGCUGUGCCACCUUCGAAUCAACGCAGCUGUUGCAUGCAGGUGGAGGCGAAGGAUAUUAAGGACACGAUGAAGGGUGUCAACUUGGAUACGCGAAAGAAGGGCAUCGAGGUCUGUUACAAAACGUGCGACGAAACGGACAGCGAUGUGUUCCUCGUCAAGCUGGGCAGCAAGUCAAAGUCCCAGCACAAGAAGAACACCAUCGAGAUCGAGCUGCGCACACCCAAGCAACCGGUGACGCUCCCCAUGAGUAAGGUGACCACCGAGACUUAUGUGACCGAAGCUCUGCUCGAUGCCGCCAAAGGCAAGGGCAAAGGCAAAGGCAAAGGCAAAAAGGGGGGGCAAGGGAAAGGCAAAGGCAAGGGCAAAAAGAAGAAAUAAUCAUUGAUGAGGAAUUGUUCCAAAGCAUAUAUAUUUUCUGCAUACAUACAAUCUGUAUAUAUGUAUCUUGCCUCUUGACGUGUCACAACAAAUACUUUACAACAUGGAUUCAAAAUUUUUUUGGUCACAACUUAGUAGUUACAAUGCAAUUCAAAACAUUUUAACACCGAUUAAUUAUUCAAAAAUACAUAUUUUGGACAAGAAUAAAAAAUUAAUAUUUUAAAAAUUAAAA